AUGGAUCACGUUCUGUUGAACUGUCCCUUCUCGGCUUCUAUUUGGGCGGAAGUCUUUCGUUGGUUUUUGAUUGAGAAACCUUUGCCGUUGAACGUGGGCAGCAUGAUUCGCUUCUCUAUCCACCAGAACAACAGCAAACAAGUUGGCAAUUUGUGGAAAGCUGGGGUGGUCUCUCUCCUCUGGAGUCUCUGGUCUCACCGCAAUAACGUCAUACACAAAAAUUUAGCACCUUCGCGCCACUUGAUUCUCAAGCAGGUCCGGGUUUUUCUUUGUGAAGCUGCCAACAAUUUUGUCCUUGGUACUAUGGCCAACUCGGUUUCUGAUCUUCUCAUUCUUAAGAAUAUUUCCAUCGCUGGACAACCCAGGAAGCCUUUCUCCUAUAUUUACGUUGCUUGGCACCUUCCACCGCCGUCUUGGAUUAAAGUUAAUACUGAUGGUUCGGUUCGUGAAGGGAGGAUUCAUGCGGGGGGCGUCUUUAGGAAUGCCUUCAAUGACGUUCUUGGUUGUUAUCAUUUCUCAGGCGGCCAGGGGGUUGCGUUCGAAGCAGAGCUUUUAGCUAUUAUUAUUGCGAUUGAAUCUUUGCAUCGUGCCAAAUGGGAGAGAGUUUGGUUUGAGUCGGAUUCUUCUUACGUAGUUCAGCUUCUUCAGUCGCACUCUGAAACGGUUCCUUGGAGAUUCAAGCCUCGGUGGCAGCUUGCUCUCUCCAAACUUUCACAUGGCGCAUUUCCCACAUUUUUCGUGAGGGCAACAGAUCGGCGGAUUUUUUGGCUUCUCAAGCUAGGAAAGAGGGUUUUUGGCCUCAUGCCAUUGCUGGUUUAA